AUGUCUCUAUCGGGUGCUAUCGAAACAUGCAAACGUAAAUCACGAGCAAUAUGUCAUUGUUGGAACAACAAUAUUUGUCUUGAUCAUUUGAAAGAACGUGUUGAUUUAAUAAAUUCACAAAUGAAUCCUCUUGCAGACGAAAUAAAUACUCUUGAUAAUCAAUUGUCGUUAUUAAAUGUUGAUGAAAUUAUUGAUAAAUAUCGUCAAAAAUUGGAUAAAUGGCGCCAUGAAUGUCAUGCUACAGUUGAUCGUUUUUAUGAAGAAAAAUGUCAAGAACUUCAACAGCGUUAUGUUGAGAAAGUUGUUGAAAAACGAAAAAAACUUCAUCAAUUAAAAUUAAAAAUAAAUGAACUUAUUCGAGAACAAGAAGCUAGACAUGACGAUAUUUCUUCAUUGAAAGCAACUAUUAAUGGUAUCGAGCGUGAUGUUAACCAAUAUGAAGAGAAUGGCAUUGUAGUCGAUGUCAAUCCUUUAAUUAUUAAUCAAAAUUUAGUUUAUAUCGAACAAUGGGCAUCGAAUGAACUUACUAUAUCAACUCUGUCGUCACCUUAUCGAACAGUUGCUUGUUCCAAAGAUAAUUGGUCUGCCAUGACUAGCAACAAUCAUUUUUUGUUAGUAGAUCAAUAUCCAAAUUUAUGUUUAUAUGAUGAGCAAUUGACUCAUGUAAAAGAAUAUCCAUGGGAAUUUAUUUCUAACGACAAAUGUACCAGUUGUAACUACGACGAGCUUAUCAAUAAUAUUGCUUAUGACAAUGAAACACUUGCUUUAAUAAUAGAAAACAGAACCAACAACAAAAAUCGCAUAGAAUUUCGAUCUUCAUCAACAUUCGAUCCACUCUGGUCAACCACAUUUAAUGCAGCAUAUUGUUUUGCACCCUGGAAGAAUCGUGUUUGUGUACUCAAACAUAACGAAUGGUUGGUAAUCGAUCACAAGAAUUCACAUCUUUUACAUGUUAGUAAAGAUGGACAAGUAAAGGCAAAGCGUUCAUACAAACCGACAUUUAACAAUGCUGUCGUACUUGGUACAAAUAUAUUAGCCAUCAAAACGGCAGAUAACAUCAAUUGUUACAGAAUAUAA